CUCAAUUUCAGUUGAGAUCGGAGGAAGCAUUCCUUGCGUGAAUACUCAUACACACCAACACACGAAGCGAAAUUCCCUACGUGACACUACAUAUAAUGAUGCAUGGAGCGAAGCAUUGGCCAGGCCCCAGAGCGCAAAUGGAGGACGCCUACGUCGUCGUCUACCUCGGCAUAGCUCUCUUGCCGCUGCUCAUCGUACUCGCAUGCCGCAGGAGCUGGGGAGUGCGGGGUGAUGGUGGCCGCGGCCUGCUCCUUCCGCCGGGGCCGUGGCAGCUGCCGGUGAUCGGGAGCCUGCACCACCUCGUCCUGGCCGGGCAGCUCCCUCACCGCGCGAUGCGCGACCUGGCGCGGCGCCACGGGCCGGCCAUGCUGCUCCGGCUCGGCGAGGUGCCCACGGUGGUGGUGUCCUCCCGGGAGGGGGCGCGCGAGGUGAUGAAGACCCACGACAAGUCCUUCGCGAUGAGGCCCGUGAGCGCCACCAUGCGCGUGCUCACCAACGGCGGCCGGGACAUCGUGUUCGCGCCCUACGGGGACUACUGGCGCCAGCUCCGGAAGAUCGCCGUCGUGGAGCUCUUCACCGCGCGCCGCGUCCGCUCCUUCCGCGCCGUCCGCGAGGAGGAGGUCGCCGCAGCCCUCCGCGGCGUCGGCGAGGCCGCGGCGGCCGCGCGCCCCGUGGAGAUGCGCGGGCUGCUGGCCGCGCUCGUGGCGGACAGCACGGUGCGCGCCGUGAUUGGCGACCGGUGCAGGGAGCGGGACGCGCUCCUCCGGGAGCUCGACCGCUCCAUGCAGCUCGCGGCGGGGUUCAAUCCGGCCGACCUGUGGCCUUCGUGGCGGCUCGCCGCGCGGCUCAGUGGCGCCAAGGAGUGCCACGAUACCGUGCACGGCAUCCUCGACGGCAUCGUCAAGGAGCACCUGGAGAGGACGGACGGCGGCGAGGACCUUCUUGACGUGCUGCUGAGGAUCCAGAAGGAAGGUGGCCUCCAGUUUCCGCUCGACAUGGACGCCAUCAAAUCCGUCAUCAUGGACAUAUUAGGUGCGGGGAGUGAAACAGCAGCUACGACGCUGGAAUGGGCCAUGGCAGAGCUGGUCAAGAACCCGAGGGCCAUGCACAAGGCGACGGCCGAGGUACGGCGAGCCUUCCAUGCCGGCGGCACCGUGGCCGAGCAAGACCUAACAGAGCUCGCAUACCUACGCCUGGUCAUUUGGGAGACAUUGCGGCUGCACCCACCCAUACCGCUGCUGUUCCGCGAGUGCCAGAAAUCAUGCCAGGUGCUGGGGUACGACGUGCCGCGUGGCACGCAGGUGCUGGUCAAUGCCUGGGCGCUGGGGCGAGAUGAGCGCUACUGGCACCACGCGCCCGAGGAGUUCUGGCCGGAGCGUUUCGAGGGAGAAGCGGCGGUGGACUUGGGGGCCGUCGACUUCGUGUUCCUGCCGUUCGGCGCCGGCCGCAGGAUGUGCCCUGGGAUGGCGUUCGGCGUCGCCAACGUAGAGCUCCCGCUCGCGAGCUUGCUCUUCCACUUUGAUUGGGAGUGGGCAUGCUCGGCGAAGGUCGACAUGACCGAGGCAUUCGGCCUCACCGCGAGGCGGAAGGACCAGCUCCUGUUGCUCCCUGUCCUUCGGGUACCACUUCCUCGUGCCUGUCUAGUCUAGUCUAGUCGAUAUUAACUGUAAGAGUUGGAUAUAUAAUGUGAAAAUUAUAGUUAUUCCCACGGUCAGAAAUAAACAGCAAAAUGUUCUUCUUGCAUAACAUAGUUAUUACCGUAUUAUGCAAUAUAACUCACACUACAAUAAACCAAUGCUCCCAGUCUUCAUUACUACAGUAUUAAAAAAGAAAACAGAAAUUUUCCUAAAUCCUACCGAACAAGUGUACACAUGACAAUUAGAACCAACAAACGAUUGAUCUGACCGGGCUGGAUGAAGGGCUGGUAUGUAGAAUGUGUCCGUAUGUUAAGCAUUAUUGCACCAACAAAUCCCUAAUACCGCCCGGCAAUCCUUGGUCCACGCCCCACGCACGUACGUUGCAUCUUCCCAACUAUGCGGCCCUCAGAUCCCGUCUCGGGUGUCAUCGCCUCACGGUGCCGGCAUAGGCUUCCCAUCCCGUUUGCCGCUAGAUGUGGUCAUGCCAACGACGAGGGUAGGACGCGGGAGGACUUCCCUCACCGCCCUGCCCUGCUGUCCCUUCGGUCCUCAUCACCCUCACGCUUCUCACGCAUCGGCGUCUCCCCGCCGCCUCCACGCCUUCCGUAGCAGGCCAGGGCCGGAGCAGGGAGUGACGCGUGCUGACGACGUCGACGCGCCCCUGAUUGUCACACCAGGCAUGAUGGCCCGACCGAGCUGUUAAUGGCUCGUGAAGCUCUCGUUGCCGCGCUGUAGUGGGUGCG